CACAUGUAUUGCAUUAGCUUUCACCUAUAAUUCGAUUAAGUAUUUGUUUUGCUCUCCAAUGAUGAAAGUACUAAUUCAAAGAGUUACUCAAGCCAAAGUUGCUGUUGAGGGAGAAACUGUAAGUUCUAUUGGAAAGGGACUAUGUGUGCUGGUUGGAAUUACCCAAAAAGAUACACCAAAACAGAUGGAAUACAUGGUACGGAAAAUUCUCAACCUGAGGUUAUUUGACGAUGAUCAAGGGAAGAGAUGGUCAAAAAAUGUUAUGGAGAAAAACUAUGAAGUUUUGUGUGUGAGUCAGUUCACGCUUUGUAUGGUUUUGAAGGGUAACAAGCCAGACUUCCAUGCUGCUAUGCCACCUGAAAAAUCGCAAGAGUUCUACGCAGAAUUUAUCAGACAGAUGGGAGAAGCAUAUGAUCCAUCAAAAAUCAAAGAUGGAGUAUUUGGAGCUUACAUGCAAGUUCAUAUACAGAAUGAUGGACCAGUAACGAUACCUCUAGAAACACCUGAAUCUCUCCAGGAGGAUGGAAAGAAGCAGAAAAAGUGGAGUAAUCCCAAAAACCCAGCAUCCAAUGCUGCGAAAACCCCCAAACAGUCUGAACAGGAUUCUGGUGGCCCACCUGAGCCAGAGGUUCUGUGUGAAGGAGCUGGUGCCAUGUCUAGUGAAUCUCAGGGUGGAACAGGAUUGUCACAAGACCAGAGUUGACCAUAGGAAAAAUAUGGAAUAUCCUCAGUGGAGCCUUGUUGGUUUGAAUAAUACAUGUACCUUUUGGUGGUAGAUUGCUACUAUAUAGCAUGCCAAUAAAUGUAUGGAGUGAAAAAGUCUCCAAUUAUUACCCAGGAUGUUUUUGUGUUGACAGAGGUAUGUUUUUUCACUAUUGUAUCUGUCAGCAAUUCUGUGAGAAUUUUGUGUCUGAAAAUAACAGGACUUCGACAAUUUUACCCUGUUUGAAUGUUGAUGAAGAAAUGUCAUAACCAUGCAAACUUAUAAGGUUCUCCAUGCACAUGUACAUUUUUAAUUUUAUUUUUCAGUCACUCUUAAGGACCAAAGGUCUUGUUGAGUGAUUCAUAGUAAAGCCAUUAUUUACAAACAAAAAUCAUUUGUUUUGGGUGUUCUGUCUUGUAAUAGAGGGCAGAUGAUUUAAUGUGAAAUCUUUAUGGCUUCAGAAUUCUCUUUAUCUGGAUCUUCCAUUCUGAUUCUAAAGACUUUGACAAAACAAGGUUUAUCUGGGAUGUUCUCUCACAAAAGUAACCUCAAACAGUUGAAGAGUUGAUAUAUAUAUACUUCGGUUUUGUCAAAAAUCUUUCUUUACUAUUACCAUUUAUAUGAAACCAGAGAUAUUUUAUGAUAUUUAAAAAUAUUACAUUUGGAAAAAAUUGACAAUGAUGUUGCUGAUAAUAAACUUAUCAACUGGUCUAUUCUUCUUUUAUGUACUUCAUAUUUCAGAAAUCACUCAAAUUACAUUAUAAUUUAUUAUCUUACAUUGAGGUCAUGUCGUCCUUCCAUGUAUCUGUCAAGGUUUUUGAUCUUUAAGGUUUGCCACUCUUGUUUGUAAUUACAUUUACAUUUAUAAACCUCACAAAAGUAAUUUUGACAUCAAAAUCAGGACACAAGCAGUAGCAAAGCUCAAACAUUCAAAAUGGGAUCAAAACAAUAGAAUCUUAUAUGCUUCAACAUUAUAGGGUUGUGUAAUUUUCUAGAUUCCUUUCUAAAGCUUUAAUCUGGUAAAGUCUAGUUAUAGGUCAAGGUCACAGCUGUAGAACCUUAACAUGAUAAGUUUUAGGAAUGUUUGGUUUUGUUUAAAGAUUCCUGCAUGAGGAAAAUUAAACAAAUAUUUUGUGAAUUUCUAAUGCAAGCAGACCAGUUGAGGUAAAACAAUUCCAAUUGAAGUUCCAGCUGAAGAAAAUUGACUUGAUGAUGAGAAAAUAGACUUGUUCAAACACUUUCAAAGAAGUUUUUUAUCCAUAUUACAUAAUACUCAAACCAAAACUUCAACAAUACACCUGUAUUGUUUCUUUUGUACAAGCACCAGAGUAUUUUCACAUCAUUUUUUUUUCUUCCUGAAAUUUUUGUUAUUGUACAAAAAUCAUCAAAAUAUAUUACCUUUAAUUAAGACAUUUUUUUCAAAUCACCUGUUCUUGUUAUUGCUAAUUCUGGAGAAAACAAUGGAUCAUUCUCAAAUUUUAUAUACUGUAUAGGUUUUCGCAGGUAGGUUCUCCAUAGAUGUGCCCUUUGAUUUUAGGACCAACCACCAAAAAAAAAAGUAGCCAAAAGACAGUCAUGAUUAAUUUUAACAAUGCUAUUUGUUGAGAAUGGCUGAGAAGUGGCUAUCUUGGAAAAAAGUUUUAUGGCAAAUUUUCCAGAAAUUCUGGAUGAGGCUAUCGCAGAUUUCACAUGCAUGUCCCCAUUAGUCUCCUGUUGUGUACUCUUGAUUUUAACUGCAUAUGAUCAUAAAAACAAAUUAUGGACAGACAAACAUCUUUUGAUUGUUAAUUGCUAUUAAGUUUUCAAACUGGUAUAAUUUAAGCAAAUAAGGGAGUGUUGCUUUCAUAUAUGGUGAUAAAGCUACUGUCUUAUUAAAAUAUCAACUGAAACUUUCAUUGGAUGAUUAAUAAAUAAUACUAAAACC